AUGGAUGCUAUUAAAAGGGAGAGAACAGCGUUACGUUCGGCAUUUACGAAGGCCCAUAAUGGAUUCCAAAGCAAGAUAGCUGAUGAAGCCAUCACCAAGGAGUUAGAGUCCGACGAUACGUACAAGACGCUUUUCCUUACGGCGAAACUCAGAGUAACCAGUUUGAAUUCUCCAAAUGUAUCAGUGCAUCCAGUACCUAAUGUGGUUGUGGAUAGGAAAACCAUGAAGCUUCCCAGUAUAGAACUGCCCAAAUUUAGUGGAAACAUCAAAGAAUGGCUGCCUUUUUGGAGCCAAUUUAAGAAAAUAAAUGACGAUAACACUAUCAGUGGAGAAGACAAAUAUCAAUAUUUAAUACAGGCCACAGUCCCUGGGUCAAGAGCAAACGAGAUAGUAAAUAGUUUCCCGCCAACAGGAGAGAACUUCGAGAAGGCUGUUGCUACUUUGAAGAGUCGUUUUGGUCGGGAUGAUCUUUUGGUGGAGUUCUACGUCAGAGAACUUUUGGGUUUAGUUCUCCAAAAUGCCUUAAAAGGAAAUAAGAGGCCAGCAUCGCUUGCAAGUCUUUACGAUAGGCUGGAAUCUUACAUAAGGUCGUUGGAUACUUUGGGUGUCACCAAAGAUAAGUGUACAGCCAUGUUGUUCCCGUUAGUCGAGUCAUCCCUUCCAGAAGAAAUUCUCAGAGCCUGGCAGAGAAGUGGGCAGAGGGGAUUUACGGAAACAGACGGACAAAGUGAAACAAAUGAUCGUUUGACGAAGCUGCUCGAAUUUCUCCGUUUGGAAGUCGAAAGUGAGGAGCGGAUCGAUCUAGCAUUGACAGGUUUUGGAUUAUCAGAGCCGGAAGUGGAGAAGAAGCCUAAAGGUAAAGUAGAACUAGUUAAAGAUGUACCAAGUGCAAAUGUCCUUCUUGUAGCUAAAUCAGAAAGAAAAUUUAUAUGUAUUUUUUGCAAAGCUGAACACGAGAAAUUGUGCCGCGAUGAUAUUGUGAGUGAAAGAGAGCGAGAAUAUAAUUCGAAUUCGAGAGAUAAAUUAGAAAAUGAGAAGGCUUUAGCAACCUUGUCAGAUUUUCCGAUGGUCUGUUUACAGACAUUACGAAUCGAAUUGUAUUCGCAUUCUAGAAAGAGAGUUGUGAGAGCAGUAAUAGACACAGCAUCACAACGCUCUUAUGUCCGCACUGAUGUUGCAAAGGAUCUACAAUAUAUUCCGAUUAAUAAAGUAGAUGUAACACAUUCAUUGUUCGGUGGAGCAAAAUCAGAAACUAAAGAAUUAGAUGUAUUUUUGAUCCGGAUGCGAAAUUUAGAGAAUUCAUUUUCGUAUAUAGAUAGUGAUAGCCAAAGAAUAGAUGUUUUGAUCGGCGCGGAUAUAGCUGGAAAAUUAUUGACCGGUAAAAAAUUUGUAUUAAAGAAUGGUCUAACAGCAUUUGAAACCUUACUUGGGUGGACGAUAAUAAGAAGAUUACCGGAAAAAUCUAAAAGUGUAGAUUCGGCUAUUAUGAUCACUACGAUGCUCGUGCGCGAGGCCAGGGUGACCGAUCUGUGGAAUUUAGACGUUAUCGGAAUUACAGACCCGAUAGAGAAAUUAGAAAAAGCGAAACGUGACGAUAAAGUUUGGAAAUUUUUUAUAAAUACUGCCAAAUUGAACCAAGAAGCUCGGUACGAGGUCAGAUUGCCUUGGGUCGAAAAUCAUAUUCCUGUUUCAGAUAAUUAUGAUGUAGCAUGUUGCAGGCUAAAAAAUAGUAUCUCAAAGCUCAAAAAACAGAAUCUUUACGAUGCUUAUAGUGAGGUUUUCAAGGAAUGGCUCGCGGAAAAUAUAAUUGAAAUAGUGCCAGAACACGAAAUUGAAAAUAUUAGUCAUUAUCUCCCCCACCGCCCAGUAAUAAAGGAAGAGGGAACGACAGCGAUAAGACCGGUCUUCGACGCAAUGUCUUGCGCAAAGGGGUUCCCCUCCUUAAACAACUGUUUAGAGCAGGGACCUAAUCUGAUAGAACGAGUGACGUCAAAUUUGAAUAGAUUUAGAGAAGGGGAAAUUGGUGUGGUCGCAGAUAUACGCAAGGCUUUCUUACAGAUCGUGAUUCAUAAGAGUGAUAGAGACUUUCUUCGUUUCCUUUGGAUGGAAGGGGAUAAGAUAAUAACGUUUAGACAUUGUCGCGUGGUGUUUGGUCUUGUGUGUAGUCCAUUUCUUUUGUCAGCUAUUCUCACUUUAGUUUUGGAAUCGGCCAUAAAAAAGACUGAAGAAGAUGUAAAUUGCAAAUGGUCUAAAGAAACUAUAGAAAAAUUAAAAAAUGGAUUUUAUGUGGAUAAUUGCGUAGUAAGUGUAGAUUCAGAUUGCGAACGAGACAAAUUUAUUAGGGAGGCCACAACAGUUUUAGCAUCCGGUGCUUUUGAUCUUAGAGGCUGGGAAAGUUCUGGCGAUUGUCAGGAAAGGGAAACGACAUUAGUUCUCGGUAUUCUGUGGAAUAAAAAACGCGACACAUUAUCAAUAAACCCGAACAUCAUGAACGUCGAAAAUACAAACAUCGUAACGAAAAGAAGUAUUUUAGCCGCGACUCAUAAAAUUUAUGAUCCUCUUGGAAUAAAAUGUCCCGUGUCUCUUUUGCCUAAAUUAUUAAUUCGAAAAUUAUGGGAUGAUAAGGUCGAUUGGGAUAGGGAACUGGAAAACGGUAAGGACGAUUUUUUACGAUGGUUAAAAGAUUUACCAAUUUUAAAAACUAUAGAAAUUCCUCGAAAGUUGGGUCGCGGUGAUUUAUCUUUGCAUGUCUUUGGUGAUGCAAGUCGUUUUGCUUACGCUAGCGUAGUUUUUGCACGAAUCGAAGACGAAGGAAUUGUAAGCGUACGAUUAUUAAAUGCGAAAUCGCGAAUGGCACCAAAAAAUGCGACGAUACCGCGUCUCGAAUUAAUGGCAGCAACGAUUUCUGUUAGGCUCGCGAUUAGUGUCUCACAAGCAUUGACCAGACCUAUUUCAAAAAUCACAUAUUGGACAGAUUCCACCACAGUGUUAGCAUGGAUAAAGCGCGAUUCGCAAUGGAACACUUUCGUGUGGAAUAGGGUUAAUGAAAUACGCACUUAUAGUAAACCAGAAAAUUGGAGAUUUAUAUGCGGAGAAUUAAAUCCUGCUGACUUACCGUCGCGAGGUUGUAGUCCCUCUAAAUUGGUGGAAUCUGAAUGGUGGUUGGGACCAAAAUGGCUUUACAAUAUCGAAUCAAAGUGCCCUAUACAGAUUGAAGGGGUCAGAGAGGAGGAGAUAAGGAGCGAAAUGAAAAAAGGUCCAUUAGUGCAGAUGGUCAAUGUAGACAAAACAGAAUUUAAACCUGGAUGA